AGCGUGACCAAAAAACGGGUUUCCACUAGUUACCACAGCCACAAAGUAAGAUUUGGAUUUAUCGUACAAAUUCAUGAAAACUUUGCUUUUUGGUCUUAAUUUAAGGUUAGGCAUAAGGUUAGUAGUGUGGUUAAGUUUAAAAUAUAACAGACAGACAUUGCGUUCGAGAAUUAACAAGAACCUAAAAGACAAAACAAAAUAAAAACAGGAAUUAAUUAUGACAGAAUAUAGAGAAUGAGACAAUGACACUUAAUUCAGAAAAUAAUUCGUUAUAAUAUUGGACCUUAGACGAGCGUUUCUUAUUAUUUAGCAACUUCAGAGACUCGAUUAAAAAAACAAAGUCUAUAAAAAAAACACUAAAAAACAGAGAGGUUGACGUUACUUUUUCUCUCCAUACGUCAGGAAAAAACGUGUGACGCAAGCGGAAGUGCAAGCCCCGUCCAGUCCAUUGACCAAUUAGAGUUCGUUUUAAUCAACUGUCUCCGCCUCUCGUUUUUGUCCGUUUACACUGAACACGGAAGUGAACCUGGGAACUCACAUUUCUUAUUUUUUUUAAUCGAGAUAUUGUUUUAUUAUUAAUGUGUAAGUACAACUCAACAGUCAUAAAAAUAUAAGUUUUGGUGCUGAAAACAACCGGGGGAAAAAGGAACAAUAUGGAGAAUGUUUUAUCCUCGACUGGUGACCGUAAAUUGGACCAAGCCAUCGAUCAGUGGCUGCAGUUUGACAAGAACCCCCAGACAGUGGCGUUGGUGCAGGGCCUGGUGAAGGAGGGGGCGGUUGGGGAGCUGCGGAGGUGUUUUGGCUCUAGGAUGGAGUUUGGGACGGCUGGCCUCAGAGCUGCCAUGGGACCAGGGAUCUCCUGCAUGAACGACCUCACCAUCAUACAGACCACACAGGGGUUCUGUAAGUAUCUGGAGCAAUGUUUCGGGCAGUGUCUGAAGGAGAGGGGGGUGGUGGUAGGGUUUGAUGCCCGUGCCCACCCUCCCAGUGGAGGCAGCAGUAGACGUUUUGCCAGCCUGGCGGCCGCUGUGUUCACCUGCCGAGGAGUCCCCGUCCACCUGUUCUGUGACAUCACACCCACACCCUUCGUGCCCUUCGCUGUGUCUCAUCUGGGUCUGUGUGCUGGCGUCAUGGUAACCGCCUCCCACAACCCCAAACAGGACAACGGCUACAAGGUGUAUUGGGAGAACGGUGCCCAGAUCGUGCCGCCCCAUGAUAAGGGCAUCUCUGUAGCCAUCGAGGCUAACCUGGAGCCCUGGCCUGAGUCCUGGGACAUAACCUCUCUCUCUCACUGCCCUCUGCUGAAGGACCCGUUCCAAGACAUUCACACAGAGUACUACAGGACCAUCCAACAGCACUGUCACCACAGGGACAUCAACAAGAGUUCAGAGGUGAAGAUCGUGCACACCUCCGUGCACGGAGUCGGACACGCCUUCGUCCAAUCAGCUUUCAAGGCCUUUGACCUCCGACCCCCGUACGCCGUAGAGGAGCAGAAAGACCCUGACCCUGAGUUCCCCACCGUCAAAUACCCCAACCCUGAGGAGGGGAAGGGGGUCCUGACCCUGUCGUUUGCCCUGGCGGAGAGGGAGGGAGCUACUGUAGUUCUGGCCAACGAUCCUGACGCUGACCGCCUGGCCGUUGCUGAGCAACAGAAGGGUGGUCAGUGGCGUGUGUUCAGUGGUAAUGAGUUGGGGGCGUUGCUGGGUUGGUGGGUGUAUCGGUGUUGGAAACAGACCAACCCAGACCAGUCUACCGUGAAGUCCGUCUACAUGUUGGCCUCCACCGUCUCCUCUAAGAUUCUACGAGCCAUCGCUCUCAAGGAGGGCUUCCACUUCGAGGAAACUCUGACUGGGUUCAAGUGGAUGGGCAACAGAGCCAGAGAGCUGCUGGACCAGAACAAGAUAGUACUGUUCGCCUUCGAGGAGGCUAUAGGGUACAUGUGUGGUUCUGCCGUGCUGGAUAAAGAUGGGGUCAGUGCGGCAGCCAUCGCUGGGGAGAUGACAUCAUACCUGGCCGCGAAGAACAUCACGCUGUCACAACAACUCACAGCUGUCUACGAGGAGUAUGGGUACCACAUCACUAAGAACUCCUACUUCAUCUGUCACGACCAGGAAGUGAUCCGGGCCAUGUUUGACCGGCUGCGUCACUACGGCAACCAGGAGGAUGUGUCGUACCCCAGGCAGUGUGGAGGCGUCGCUAUCACCGCUGUGCGAGACCUCACUACUGGAUACGACAGCAGCCAGGCAGACAACAAGGCUGUCCUCCCUUCCUCCCCCAGUAGUCAGAUGAUCACGUUUAGUUUCUCUAACGGGGGCGUGGCCACCAUGAGGACCAGCGGAACGGAACCCAAGAUCAAGUACUACACUGAGCUGUGUGCUGCCCCCGGCAACAGUGAUGUUAAAGGUUUACAGAAGGAGUUAGAUGACCUGGUUAAUGCCAUCGUAGAGGACUUCUUCCAGCCCCAGAAGAAUAACCUGCUGUCCAAGCCUGAGUAACACACAUCAGUGGCUUGUAAACACAAAGACCCGCGCUGGUUUGACUUCCUGAUCAAGAUUCCCUUUCACACAUUCUUCUUCCAGAACUCACACACAUUCUAGAACUCACACAAAUUCUAGAACUCACUCUCACACACACACACACACACACACACACACAUUCUAGAAUGGGUGCGUUCCAGGCUGACUACUAAUGCUGUGUGAUUAAUACUUUCUGAUUUUCUGUUUCGAUUUCUUAUCAUUUUUUUAAAUUAUUUUUACAUGAAAUGCCCUUUGUGUGUGUUGAA